AUGGAUCCAUUUAGUAAGAAAGGAAUUACUCCUAAUGAUGUCUGUGAGUUGCUCGAUAAUGUUAGUAAUGCUCUCCCAAGUUGGACCCAUUGGAACGGUUACAAUAUACCUCCACCCAUUUUGGUCAUUGAUGAAGCAAACAAGUUUAGCCAACUUGAGCAAUUCGGAAGGGGGGGAAAUUCUUCUCAAAUCAAUUCUGGACUGGAUGUUUUGUAUAUACCACAUGCAACCCCAUAUGUUGUUGGGGAUUUGAGCAAGGAAGAAGCUGAAGAAUAUUUUGAAGUGCAAGUUCUUCCUCGAUAUGAAUGCAAAGAACUCAAAGGCAAAUUCGACCAUGUCCGUAAAAUGACAGGUACACGAAUGUUGAUUAUUGACAGAUAUGUUGGAGAAUACAAAAAUUAUGGUGGAAAGUUCAAAGAUAGCACAUUUUCAGUUUACAUAUCAAAAUAUGAUAAGUUGAAACGUGGCCUCUAUACUUAUACUGAGAGAUUGAGACAUUCAGAUAAGCCCAAUCCAGCACUUUGGAAGGAUUAUGAUUUAAUCAAAACUAUGGAAGCAAUAGUGAAGGCAGAGAAUCAGGGAUACAUUUUAGAAGAUGACUUGAUUAAAGAAAUUGGUUCUGGAAAAGUUGAUUCACUUGUAGAUUACAAUUUUUUGCACUGUCGACCAACCACACUAUUUGCCAAUGACAUCACUGACCCACCGGAUGAAGCAUCCCCCGAACCUACCUUAUCAGUAACAAUGUAUAAUCUCCAAGAUACAGAAUCUGUCGAACACAGGAAGGGAAACGGUCGCCCUUCAAAGAUUACACAAACAGUAUCUCGCGCUUUCGAACAACAUUUGCACCGAAACAUGCGCAUGGUCAGUUCACGGCCGAUAUGCGACGACGACAACAUGACUUACGCUCAAAGAGUGUUAACGGCAUGUGCCACUACAACACGGCAACUUGCUUCAAAGGUGCAAACAACACAACAAAUAUCUAUGCUCACUGAACAGCACAUUGAAGGACGGAAGGCGUGGGCGGAGGCACAUUUGCAAAUAAGGUCCAUCGGUGGCAUAAGAGCUCAUCCGACGCUUGCCCAAAUCGCGCCAGAAAGUGUUGGCACUGAGAAAUAUAUAGCAGCGGCACGCGCACAUGCUGUGCAGGAAUUCAUAGAAAGAUUCGGGGGAUAUACAAUUGAUAUGUAUGCAGGAACUAGUGCUUGCAACAAGAUAUUACAGUCAGGACAACCUCUCGUCCAUCUACUCGGAAAG